AUGACCUCCCUGCAUGAACAGAAUGCGAGCACAAAGUCGGCCCGAAAAGUGCUCGAUGCACCGCCGCCUGAUCUUCCUUUCCCCCGCCCGCUCGUACAAAAUGCGGAGGCAUAUCACCAAGCUAUUCGUCAAGGCUAUCGAUUUGAACGUCCAACUUCCAAGAACUUUUCCAACUCACCUUUACUUGAUUAUGGGCCAGUAAUGGACUCUUUCUUGUUGCAGCCCAAGACAAAGACUCUGCUCCAGCCAAUCGCUGGAGCGUGCAUCAACCUUGAUGGUGAGGAAUUGAACACUACAGACCCAUUGAUAUACUUGUUCUUUGCAAACGGUGGCAAACCUUGGGGCAUACUGCCGGACAACGAACAGGCCAAGGUGUAA